AUGCUGCGGAAUUUCGACAGCGACCAGCUCCACCACCUGCUGGACGCUUACAACGCCGUCUGGAGAUCGGGCGUCAUCCCGAGGGAGUGGAGCGAGGCGGUGGUAGUGCCGUUGCUCAAGAACGGCAAGCCACCGCGCGACCCUGCCUCGUAUCGACCGGUGUCGCUGACGUCUGCCGCGGGCAAGGUCCUCGAGGCCAUGGCUCUUCGGCGCCUCGAGUGGAUCGCAGCGGUUCUCGACAUCCUGGCUGCCGAGCAGAGCGGGUUCCGCCGUCUCCGUGCCUCUGCCGACUCCCUGGCUGACGUCGUCACGACGCUCGAGGAGGCCAAGCACCGCGGUGACGCUAGCUACCUCGUCCUCCUCGACGUCAUGAGCGCCUUCGAUCAGCUGCCGCACGCCACGAUUCUCGACGCUCUGUGUACCAUGGGGGUCUCCGGGAGGUUGCUCGCAUAUGUGGGGGCCUUCCUCAGUGGCCGUACGAUGCGUGUGCGCGUGGGGGGAGCGCUCAGUCAGCCGCGCGCCGUCUCGACUGGUGUGCCGCAGGGCAGUGUACUGAGCCCCUUCCUCUUCAAUCUCGCGCUCGCGCGCAUCGGCGACUACAUCCCUCAGCUGCCGGAGUACGAGGUCCGUGUCGCGGUGUACGCGGACGACAUCGCGCUGUUCGCCAGUGGUCCCACCGCCAGGGGCAGUGUUGUGCGCGGGUGUGUACAGUCGGCACUCGACGCAGUCGACGAGUACGUGCGCGGCAUCGGCCUCACUCUGUCGGCGGCAAAGACCGAGGCGAUGCUCGUCCAUCCACGCUACGGGGCCCACCGAUCGGCGCCGUGUUUCUCCCUUCGCGGUGAGAGCCUCCCGUGGCGGAUGAAAGUGCGCUAUCUCGGCCUCAUCGUGGACCACCGGCUCAAGUGGCAGCCGGCAGUGGCUGCCCUGCGCAAGGGAACCAAACGGGUGGCGAGUGCCGCGCGCACCCUCUUGGCCCGCGGUCAGGGCUGCUCCCCCACCUUGGCACUGCGACUCUACAAUUCGGUGGCCUCGGCGAGAUUACUGUACGGCCUGCCGCUCGCUGACCUCAGCCCAGCGAAGUGGGAGGCACUGGACAUUGAUCACCGAGCCGUUGUUCGACAACUCCUGUGCCUCCCACACACGUCACCAGUGGGCGCCACACUCGCCGAGGCUGGCGAGACCCCUAUCUCCCUGCGCGCCGUGGGGAGGGCGCUGGGCCACGUUGAGCGACUGCAUCGUUCGUCACACGGGCAGCAGCUGAUUGACCGGUUUCGUUCCCUGCCCAACUCCGGCAUGGGGCGCCGCGUCGUCGAGUUCGCCAGCCUUGUCGGCGCGGGACCGUCGUGUGCGUGGCUGCCGCCCCCUCCGCAUCGCCGCCGCCGUCUAGACAUUCGCAUCACCGUGCCUGGGGUCCGGGGAAAGCGCAACACCGCCGCCUGCGCCCUGCGACAGGAGACGGCCGCGGUGAUCGAGGAGGAGCUCGCCGGCCGCGUGCUGGUGUACACUGACGGCUCUGUGCUCCGGGACGGCGCGGCUUCGGCGGCGUGCGUUGCCCCCGAGCUCUCGGCGCAGUUCCAGUGCCGUGUCCUGUGUGCGGUGUCGUCAACGCAUGCCGAGCUGGCCGCCAUUGACCUGGCUGCCGAGCUGCUGCUCCAGCUUCCUGUUCAGCGAGCGGCCGUCCUGACGGACUCACGAGCGGCGCUCUCCAUUCUGGCCGGAGAGGAUCACGGCCCCACGCUCGCUCGCCGGCUCCGGUGCAAGCUUGACGGCGUUUGCGAGCGGGGAUGCGACCUCGUGUUCCAGUGGGUGCCUUCUCACAUUGGCCUGCAGGGAAACGAGGAAGCAGACCGGCUCGCAAAGGAGGCCCAUUCCUCGUCGGUUCCGUUGUCGCGGUUCGUGACGCGGUUUGACGUCGCCCGCCACUUCGUGGCCGGCUAUGUGAGGACGCAGCACCCCGACCUUCGCGUCGCAGGCGGCAUUCCCCCCAGGUUGCUGCCCCGCAGAGGCCUGAGCCGGCGAGACCGCGCUCUCAUCCUGCGACUCCGCAUCGGCUGCGCCCGGACGGCCGAAAGGUUGCAUCGGCUGACGGGUGAGGGCUCGCCGUCCUGUGAAGAGUGCGCCGACAUCGAGACGGUUGAGCACGCCCUCCUCCAGUGCCCCGCGCGUGCAUCGGAGCGCGACGCACUUGUCGCGGCAUACCAUCGCCUCGGGUUGCCCGCGGAUACCACACAGCAACUCCUAUUCCCAGCCAUACACCCCUCCAUUGCCAGACACGCCUUCGCGUCGUUACUUGUUUACUUGGAGGAUGCCGACCUGCGCUCUCGGCUGUGA